CGUGUAUCAACAAAACGUUGAACGUUGGACGGGCGACCACAUCACAAAGCACCAAUAACAAGUGAUUUAACUACAUUUUAUAAACAAGAGCUACAAGACUAGAAAGUGAAGUUGAAAACAAACCAGAUGAAGACUUGUUUUUUGAAGCAAUUAGUAUAGACAAAAGGACAUUUAACAAACAUUCAAAAGCAAACCGAAUAAGUAGGCCUACUUUUAACGGACAUUCAGAAGCAAACCUAAGCCUACCUAAACACCGAAAUCGUGUGUUGUUGAAUGUCAGAAAUCAACAAAAGCACGCCCAUUUGAUUUUUUGUGUAAACUUCCUGGUUUUAAAAUAUACUUCUAUUCUCAUACUAGUGACGCAGUAUGCAGCAGCAAUUGACGAAAUGCAUCCUUAUUCUUGCUUGGACAAUGGCAAUUGGAGCACAGUGUCCUUCGUGGUUUAAGUGUUCAGGUACACAAUCGUGUUACCUGAUAUACCCCACUGACAAUGGUUGGAAAUAUCAAGAUCCAGACGAAAGAAUUCGUAACGCAGAAAAUGAUGUAUAUGCAUCACCGAACUGCUACAAAUUUAUAAGAAAAACGAUCGACAGAAGUUCAUGUUUUGAUGCUCAGCGUGAAUGUGAACAAGUAGGUGGCAACAUCACCGUAAUCAACAGCACCGACGAGUACGAGCAGUUGACAAACAACGUGCUACAUGUCCUAAAAAACAGGGACGAUAGUACAUUCAAUAUUCAUGUCCAAAACCUGCCACGGGAUGACAUACGUAUGGGAUGUGCAACAAUUGAAAUACAUGAUGGACCCGGUAUAAUAAAUAAUGUAUACACUACAAAUACCGAUUGCGACGAGACUUGUAUGGUAGACACUAUCGUUUGCGAGUCCACGGAUUUUAAUACGGAAAUAUGUCCAAUACAAGUAACCGAAGUGGCGCAAACAACAACGGUACAACAAACAAUGAGUGUCUUUACCACAGUCAGCAAAUCAUUUGUUACAGAAGAAACAACAGAAAAAUACACAUCGAUGGUGUUUAUGCAUCCAUCAAAAGGAAACCAAUCUGAAAUAGAAACUGGUCCUGGCGUACCGAUAGUUGCUAUUAUUAUGUCAAUUGUCGUGAUCACAAUCGCAAUCAUUUUAUUAGUGCUAUUGUUUAUGCGACGCUCACAGAAAAGAAAAAGAUCAAGAAAUUCCCUUGGUCCGAAUCAGCAUUUACAGUCAACAGGCCUACCAGUCGAUAAAGAUGGAGCCACCGUCUCUUACUCCGAUGGUGGUGUCGUCCACAAAUACUCAACAGCAGAGGACCAUCAAGAUCGGAGCGAAGCAUACAACAUACUUGAUGCAAAAUACAUACAUUCACCAACCGUGGUUGUCAAUGAUGUAUAUGGGUCAUUCUUCACUAAUGUGCCAUUUUCCAGUCCAACAAAUAGUGCACAAGAUCAAGAACAUGAUAUACUUAGGCCUAAUGGCAUGGAUUCGGGAGCCGCGAAACAAAACGGAUUAGGUGGUGGUGUGUAUGCCGUACCAAAUAAGAAGGCAAAAGCACAUAAUGGGGAAACAAAUCAAGAUGUAGACGAACCCUAUGCUACGCUUGAUGCUGAUGACAUGCAACCAGUGUCAGAACACCAUGAAAGAGAGUCUGAUAACGCUUUUGACGAUGCAUUAUAUGUUAACGCAAAUGCACAUUGUCUGCAAGAUGAAGGUGAAGCCUAUAAUGCCCUUAAUGCUGCAGACAUGCAUUCAGACCGAGACAAUUCAGGUGACGUAUACGACGUGCCAUACAAGGAGACAGGUGACCGUCAAGAAGAUCAUGGUAACGUCUAUGAUAUGUUGAAUAGGGCAGAAGUUCGUUUAGGCAACGAAUAUGACAAGCUAAAUGCUCCAGAUAAUAUGGCGCCAAAAGACGACAUGUAUUCGUAUGUGGAAACUGCGGUAGGCUGUGGAAUUGUGACAAUGUCGCCUGGAGAAGAAGAUCAUGCUUAUGACAAACUACAGCGCAAUACAAAACUUGAUGGCGCUUCAAUAAAUGGCAAUAAUUAUAAUACACUCCAGUAA